AUGUCAAUGGAACAUAAAAAUGAUACUCAACAACAAAGUGGUCACCCAGAUCGUCAAAAAGCUCCAGUAGCAACCAAUCAACCACGAGAAAAUCUUGUUCGAUUUAAUUAUCAUGAAGAUAAUGAAGGUUUAAUUAAUCGACAAAUUAAUUUAGAAUUAUAUGCAAGUUACGUUUAUACAGCAAUGACACAUCAUUUUGAUCGAGCUGAUGUUGCUUUGAAUGGUCAUCAUAAAUUUUUCAAAAAAAUGGCUGAAGAAGAAUGUGAACAUGCAAAUAAAUUUAUGGAAUAUCAAAAUAAACGUGGUGGUACAAUUGUUCUUUUGGAUAUUAAAAAACCGGUACAACAAAGUUGGAGUUCACCUCUUGAAGCACAUGAAACAGCAUUACAAUUGGAAAAAGAUGUUUAUCAAGCAUUACUUGAAUUACAUGCAUUUGCUUGUAAACAUAAUGAUCCACAUUUGACUGAUUAUCUUGAAGGAGAAUUUCUUGAAGAACAGGUUAAAUCAAUUAAAGAAUAUGCUGGUUAUAUAACAAACUUACGUCGUGUUGGUCCUGGUCUUGGAGAAUACAUUUUUGAUAAAGAAGAACUUGAUGAUUAA